AUGAAUUGUCCCUCUCGAACAGACGAUACUAUGAAGCAUGCUGGGUGGAACCAGAGCCCACGGUUCUUCCCUCCUGAAUUGACCACUCGUCAAGAUCUCAAUGGUAUUGCAAAUGCCCGUGAGAUUGAGGUCGACGGCAAUGGUACAAGUGUAUUACAAGGAAGUUCCAAUUGGAUGGGCACGCCUCCGAUAGAAGAAAAGGAUGCCGGUGAUGACCUCACCUUGGGACGCGAGGCGUCCCUGACUUUGUCAGGACGUCUCGCUUCCCACAACGCCAAAUCUGGGCUUGUUCACGCAAGACUAGGCUCAACCGACGAUGUACUCCCGUCAUACCAGAGUGUUAAGGACUGGGCCUUGUGGCUUCUUUCCGUACUCUUCGUUUCGGGUCUCAUCUCAUUCAACUCAUUGAAAGAGCGCUUUGCCUCCAAAGAGGCAGUUGUGCUGGAGUUACCGCUUGAACAGUACCCUGUGGCUGCAAAGCGAUCAAGCUGUGCUCAAGGAGGUGUUCGCGGUGAUGCGUACGAUCUCCCUCUUCACGUCGCAGCCUUGUUCAUCAUCUUGGGUACUUCUUCAAUUGCGUGUGCAUUCCCUAUUCUUGCAACUCGGUUUCCUCGCAUGCGCAUCCCGCCAUCUUUCUUAUUCUUUGUCAGUCACUUUGGAACUGGCGUGCUGAUUGCGACCGCAUUUGUGCAUCUUCUUCCGACUGCUUUCACCUCGCUUGGAGACCCAUGUCUUUCCAACUUUUGGACAAAAGACUACCCCGCCAUGCCAGGUGCCAUUGCAUUGGCUGGUAUCUUUCUAGUCACGAUCAUCGAAAUGGUCUUCAGUCCCGCGCAAAGCAUUUGUCGUGGAGGAAAGCAACCCACAAGUCGGAGACCGACUUCUUCAUCUUCAUCUUCGGCUACUGCAGGUGCCACAGCCCCGACAUGUGAAGAACUCGGAUGUCCUGAAACCUGCAUAGAGCGCAGCCCCCGUGCUGCUGGCAUGGAGGGCCGACCCCAUCUUCGGGACAUGGGCCCACUGAUUGGGAGAUCGGCUAGUAUCAGUAGAACCAUUCAUCGUAUGGGAGAUGGUACUGAUGAAAUUGUUCGAGUCUCCUCUGCUCCCGAUGUUCAAACUCAUCAUGAGAAAGAAAACGGCACCAUUCAGUCUGAUGUAGAACGUCACGACGACACAUUCGAUCUGACCCCGGAACAGAAACAAAAGAAAGAGACCAUGCAAGUAUACCUUCUCGAAAUGGGAAUUCUGUUCCAUAGUGUGUUCAUCGGCAUGUCACUCAGCGUCUCGGUUGGUAACGAGUUUGUGAUCUUGUUGAUUGCCAUCGUAUUCCAUCAAACCUUCGAGGGCCUUGCGUUAGGAUCUCGUAUCUCCGCUUUGCCCUGGUCGGACAAACAGAUCCAGCCUUGGAUCAUGUCACUCGCCUAUGGCUGCACGACCCCGAUUGGACAGGCCAUCGGUCUCGCAACCCACACCCUUUACAGUCCAGAUUCCGAGGUUGGUCUGUUAGUCGUUGGUAUCAUGAAUGCAAUUUCCGCAGGACUGUUGAUUUUUGCAUCCCUCGUUGAACUCAUGUCGGAGGACUUCCUCAGUGAUGAAAGCUGGCGUAUUCUUCGUGGUAAGAGGAGGGUGUAUGCUUGCAUCCUAGUAUUCAUGGGAGCCUUCUGCAUGAGUAUUGUUGGAGCUUGGGCUUGA